UCCCUGAGGCCAGUUAAUUUUGGUGUUUGGGGGGUGUGCAGACCACGGCAGAUGUGAUCCUGGAAAGAUCUAUCACUUGCUCAGCAAAGCGAGUCAUCUCCAAUCAUCUUACUGGUAAACUACUGGAAGGAGAUUAUAUCAUAUUCAAGCUUUCUUGAAGGAUCUGUAUUGUGUAACACAGUUUUCAGCUGUAAGGAAAAGCAUAAACAAUGCAAUCACACAGCACGCUCACAAAGGAAUUGAAGAAACAAGCAUCAGCCAUUGUAAAGGAAAUCCAAGGAAAUGAAUUAGAUGUGGAUUAUGGAAAAAAGAUCAGCGUUCCCAAAGACAUAAUGCUGGAAGAGCUUUCCCUUCUUAGCAACAGAGGGGCCCGAUUAUUUAAAAAGCGCCAAAGAAGAUCUGACAAAUACACAUUUGAGGGAUUCCAGAACUCUGUCAAUUCACAAGUAAACAGCUAUGCACCAUCCACAACAUACUGUGACGAUGGAACAGAAAAUUGCAAAGCCAUAGAGAAUGGACUACAAACUGGGCAACAAAACACCCCUAAAACGCCUCCAAAUACACCUGAUCCAAGGACUCCACCAAAUCCAGAUUCGAUUGCUCCAGGAUAUACUGGACCACUGAAAGGAAUUCCACCUGAAAAAUUUAAUACAACAGCCGUUCCAAAAUCAUAUCAGACUCCAUGGGAGGAAGCUAUUGCAGAUGAUCCAGAACUUCUUUCAACUUUACAUCCCACAAUGCCAGAGCUCACACCGAAGGUAGAACUGGCUCAGUACAAGACUUUUAACAGAGUUGCAACUCCUUUUGGUGGUUUUGACAGAGCUUCCAAAAUUAUGAAUUUCAAGUUACCAAAACUGGAUUUUGCAUUACUGGAACCAGAGCUCAAGUUGCCUGUUUUCCAAGAUGGUACUGCUGGUCGGCCAAACUUCAACAGAACUGCUCAAGGUUGGACAUCUAACAACGUUUCAAUAAUAUUUGAUGAUCUGCCUUUGGAAGAAACCAUUCCUGAAACAGAUGAUCUUUAAAAUAUUGCUGUGCUCUUGAUUAUACAGACAAGGUAUUUUUCUUCAAUAUAAAUAGAUGAUAAGGCUUUAUGUCAACACUUAUGUCAAGCAAGUGAUAGUCCAAAUAAUUAUAAAUUGUAUGUACAGAAAUGUAAACCCCAGUGCUCAACUUUUAGUCAAGCCAGAAUUUCUCCACACCUCUGUAAAGCACUUUGAUUAAACAUCUUGCAAUCUUGUAGUCUCAUUUUUUGCAAAUUUAUUAAACAAUGCAGCGUCUUUUGGCAAAAUGUACUGUUUAUCCCAAAGAAAACAUAGGACUUUCAGCUGUCAACUAGAAUGAAAAUAUUCCCCUACCUUUUUCUUUCUCCUUCGCUUUUGUCUUAUCGUCUUAUUUUCAUACAACAGAAACUAAAGGAAGUAUUUUAUUCUAUGGACAGGAAUCAGCUAUCAAGUGACUAACAUGAGGUUUGGUGAUGAGUGUUAGGAACUCUAAAGUAAAUCACGUACAAGUUCAAAGAUGCUCUCAUCCAAAAUUCACAGUCAAAUGUUUAUAGAAGUCACUGGAGAAGGACAGGAAUACAAUCCAUAACUGUUUUUCCUUUCUCAACUCCAGUUGCUGUUUGGGGUGUGUUCUCAUUCUUAGUGCAUCUAAGGAAUUUUAGCUAUGUGCAAGGAUUAAACUCAAAAUUGUUUUAUUUCUUUGGUUCAAGACCUCAUCAGGCAGUGGAGAUGUUUACAAAGUUUCAGUCCAAUUCUUUUUUCCAAUAGAUUUCUAACCGUUGACUCACAAUAUUCUUGUUUAAGUGCCAAUGAACUGAGUUAGCCCUUUCUUAACUGACUGAGCAAUUGUUAUUGCAACUACAGUAGUUGGAAAUAUAUCCGGCUCUUGUCUAACUGGGUGUGGUAGAAUAGCAUUACUUUAAAAUAUACUGCUGAUUAAUAUUAAAGUGCAAUGAGAGGACAAAUUAUCUGGAAUUCCAAAGAAACAUCCAUGCAAAUGCUGGAAGUUUUAGGCAGAUUGCCCUGCCUUUCAGCUUAGCAUUAAUUUUAGUCAGUGAUAUGCUUUGAACAAUGUUAAGAAGCAGCUAAAGUUAUAUUGGAGUGUGAACAUUUCAAGAGUUAUCACAGGAUAUGGAAUGAUAACAAAUUGCUGUCCCAACUAUAAUCUUUUCACAACACAGUGGAGUGCUCUUAUAUUAACAAAAAUAAAUGAUGCAACGUAACAAAAUAAGAACAGAAAUUAUUAUUGAUCUGUGAUGCUACUGUCAUCAUUCAAGAAAGCAGCUAGUAAAAUUCUCGUGUUGUGUGGAUACAACAACACUACUACAGCAUCAGUUAAAAGAUGCUUUGCUUUGCACUGACAUUAAAACAGUAGCAUAGGGAGUUAGAAUCUGACUUGCUACUGCAGUAAAGAGGUGAGACGCUUUGGUGUGCAACAAAGUGUAGUGCAACUAGAUCUUGAAUCAAUAUUGGCCGACCAGUACAAUUACUUCAGUCCAUCAGAGACAUCCUCCAAAGAAACAUCACUGAUUUCUAGCCAAUUACUAUUACUGGUAUUAGAAUACUAUAUUUCUGCUGCAGAUAAGUGACCUUCCUCAUUUUGCCACUGGCAGUGAAGAUUUGCAGAUGAAUAGUUACUGCACAGCUUUCAACAGCAAUUUUGAAUGGUUUAUUAACUGUAGCAUUCAUCAUCUGAUUAAACUUGGUUGACGUCAAAACGUUA